GUAACGACUCGUGGAAAAGUGAGCGCAGUGAGUUUGGACGAGGUCGUGGAGGAAGAGGAAGAGGACGAGGAAGAGGUUCUGAGAGCUCAAACCAAUGGAGAGUGGAGCGGACAGAACGACUCCAGAGGAGGUUACCGGGGGAAGGACGAGGAGGUCCUCUCUGCAGGAGGGGACCAGAACCAGGACAAAGAUGGAGCUGAUGGUGAACGGCCCAGAGUCACCUACGUGCCCCCCACCCUCCCUGAGGACGAGGAUUCCAUCUUCUCCCACUACGAGACUGGGAUCAACUUUAACAAGUACGACGAGAUCCUGGUGGACGUGAGCGGGCUCAACCCCCCACAGGCCAUCAUGACCUUUGAGGAGGCCAGACUCUGUGAGUCCCUGAAGAGGAACGUCAGUAAGUCUGGGUACGUGAAGCCCACCCCGGUCCAGAAGCACGGCAUCCCCAUCAUCUCUGCCGGCAGGGACCUGAUGGCCUGCGCCCAGACCGGCUCUGGUAAAACGGCGGCCUUCCUGCUGCCCAUCCUGCAGCAGCUGAUGGCAGACGGUGUGGCAGCGAGCCACUUCAGUGACAUCCAGGAGCCUGAGGCCCUCAUCCUGGCCCCCACCAGAGAYCUCAUCAACCAGAUCUUCCUGGAGGCCCGCAAGUUCUCCUUCGGGACCUGUGUGCGUCCCGUGGUGGUCUACGGGGGGGUCAGCACUGGGCACCAGAUCAGGGAGAUCAUGCGAGGAUGUAACGUCUUGUGUGGGACUCCGGGUCGCCUGAUGGACGUGAUUGGACGAGGAAAGGUUGGUCUCAGUAAACUCAGGUACCUGGUCCUGGACGAGGCGGACCGCAUGUUGGACAUGGGCUUUGAGCCUGAGAUGCGUAAGCUGGUGGGCUCUCCUGGGAUGCCGUCCAAAGAGGACCGCCAGACCCUGAUGUUCAGCGCCACGUACCCUGAGGACAUCCAGAGGCUGGCUGCAGACUUCCUGAAGACGGACUACCUGUUCCUGGCUGUGGGGAUCGUGGGCGGAGCCUGCUCCGACGUGGAGCAGAAGUUUGUUCAAGUCAGCAAGUUCGCCAAGAGGGAGCAGCUGCUGGACCUCCUGAAGACCACCGGUCUGGAGAGGACCAUGGUCUUUGUAGAGACCAAGAGGCUGGCUGAUUUCAUUGCUGCCUUCCUGUGCCAGGAGAACGUCCCCACCACCAGCAUCCACGGGGACCGGGAGCAGCGGGAGCGGGAGCAGGCCCUGGCAGACUUCCGCUCCGGUAAAUGUCCCGUCCUGGUGGCCACCUCUGUGGCUGCCCGCGGUCUGGACAUCCCCGACGUCCAACACGUGGUCAACUUCGACCUGCCCAAAGACAUCGACGAGUACGUCCAUCGGAUCGGCAGGACCGGGCGCUGCGGGAACACCGGCAGGGCCGUGUCCUUCUUCGACGCAGAUGUUGACGGGCAGCUGGCCCGCUCCCUGGUCACCAUCCUGUCCAAGGCCCAGCAGGAGGUGCCGUCCUGGCUGGAGGAGUGUGUGUUCAGCGGGUCCUCCAGCUCCUCCUACAACCCCUGCAGGAAGCCUUUCGCCUCCACAGACUCCAGAAAGAUGGGCUCGUUCCAGGACAACCAGAACCAGUCUGCAGUCCAACCUGCUGCUGCUGCUGCAGCAGCUGAAGAGGAGGAGUGGGAGUGAAGGCUAAGCUUUAGUGUUACAGUGAUAGUAAGUGUUCAGGUUGUUGUAGUUCCACAACAUCAGUUUAAUGUUUAGUUCAGUCUUAGAAGUAGAAGUUAACAGAUAUCAGCUCUGGUUUAUGACCUUUCUGUUCGACACCAGUGGAACUAAUGAGGAAGUCAGGAUCUUUUGUACGAAGCAGGAUUUGUUUGACCACGAUUACAAAUAAAGAUGACUCUUUUGUUUUUUUGA